AUGAAGAAGCCAAAACAGGUUAAUAAAAGGAGUCAGAAGCAUCAAAACGAUUGGUUCAAUGAUGUUCUUGAUGAAAACAAAAAAUUAGCAAUCCCAAUUGGGCCACGUUUUCAAGCUGAUGUGGCAGAGUGGACCGGCCCACCUCAAAGAAAAUACCCCCACAAAAGUCUCACAAAGUCAACAUCAUCAAAGUAUUUAGGCACUGUGAUUUGGUCAAACAAAGAAACAACACCAGAAGCAGAAAUCGGGAAAGGGAGACCCGAAAACUGUGAUUGUCAUUCCCCAGGAGCCAUUUCAUGUGUUAAACGCCACAUUGCUUUAAAAAGAACGCGUCUUCAAAAAGAUCUGGGACCCGCUUUCCAUAAAUGGAAGUUUGAUGAGAUGGGAGAAGCUGUUGCCAAGCUAUGGAAGUACUCAGAGCAGCAGAAGUUUAUUCAGAUUGUGAAAAGGAAUCCGAUUUCUGAAGGUAAUAAUAACUUUAUAAAACUUGCAUUAGAAUCUUUUCAAUCAAAGUCAUGGAAAAACAUAGCCAGCUAUUACUUCAAUGUAUACCUCCCUAGACGCAUAAGUGCAAAAACUAGGUCAAGAACUGGAACAGUAGACACAGAUGAUGAUGAUGAUGAUGAUGAAGAAGAAGAAGAAGAGAAAGAGAAAAAGACAACACCUUGUUCUAAAGGGUCACGAAAGAGGGCUCAGGUUGAUGGUGUAGGGAAAGGGAACACUUCUAAAAUUGGAAAGGUCCAUAAAUCAAGCUUCAUAGUCUUGCUUGCUAUACACCCAAUGCCUAUGGAGCCGAAUGGACAAAGUUCAUGGUUUAAGCAUAAGUUCUUGAAAGCCUAUGGGGUAGCAUAUGAUUCUCUAGUGCUAUCUUUGCAUAAACAAGGAAGGGUUAGUGUUGGAGAUCCGAUUCUAAUGUGA